GUGAACGGUGACAAAAAAUAGCCUAUUUUCCACAAGUGAAAAAUUUACGAUCGUGAAAAAGAAAACAUUAUCCAACAACCGCGAACGCGAUACAGGGGCAAUAGGCCUACACAACGAUGGAACUAACACCUGAGGAGAUACGGUCGCGGAGAUUACGAAAACUUGAGGCCAAAAACAACCGAAAUGUGUCAGCGGCGGCCACGGCCGCCCAGCAGAGUGUCCCAGAGGUGGCAGUGGGCAGCAAUAAUGCAGCACCAGCGACAACAGUGGGUUGCAUCACCACCGAAAGUUCAGCUGCAACUGAGGUGGCGGCGACGACGACAGCGGUUACCAGGGACGAAUCCACCGGCGGCGGUGGUGUCCAUGGCGACGAGCAGGUCGGCAGCAGCAGCCCCGAGAGUAGCAGCAACGCCACCGAUCAGGGUACUGCUUUGAUACUGCCGGACAAAAUCGAAGCCUCGCUAAUGCUGGGCUUCGACGAGGUGGCCGAACAGUCGCAGCAAGUGGCCGCAGUGCCGCGGCAUCAGAAGCUGGACACGAAAACGAGCUCGAUUGUGCUGGCGGCUCGCAAGAAACCGAUUGCAACCGCACAGCAGGCGCAGACACAGGCACAGGCUCCGCCUCCCAACUCUUGGGCGUACAAGAAGCGAUCCUCUUCCGAGUCGCACGCCGGUGGUUGCCCGGCAACGCAGCAGGACAACGAACAGCAGCAACAGCAACAGCAGCAGCAGCACGCCACGGUAGACGCCAACCUUACAGAGUGCCAAAUGGGAGAGCAGACUGCCGGCGGUGGCGCGGGAACAGAGACGGCCGCCCGGGAAGAGCUGCUGCACAUUAUGCUGCGCAUCAUGAAGAUCAACGGAAAGGGUGGCCGGUGUUCCGAGUCACGGUUUACGAUCGAACCCGCCGUGCUCGAUAAUGCACUGGAAAUGCUGACGGCGCAGCGAUUCGGCGAGUUCGGUGCCGAAGUGAUGACCGAAGUGAUCAAGGGCAUGUACUACGGCAAGCUGAUUGAAUCGGCCAGCUGUUGGGACGGUGACAGCGUCAGUGGUGGCGGUGGCGGUGGAACCAGUGGGCGCCUUUCCGACAGCUGGAGCUCGAUACCGAGCAAGAAGGUGAAACCGAUCGACGAAGUGGUCGUCGUGGCCCCUCCACCGGCUGUCGGUGGCCGCAGUACGCCGAUGGACGUUGACCAGGACGAGCAGGGAGCGCCUGCGCCAGGGCCUGCGUUUUGUUCCUCGAAGCCAUCGAUGAAAGCGUUCGCCAACAAUCGGGUUGCGGCCCUCGACUAUCUGACCGGGUGCUAUUGGCGGGCCAACGAGGAACUGUACAGCUACACCAAGAUCAAGAAGAGCAAAAAGAUGUACCUCGCCGAGACGCUCCCGGCCGUGGUGGCCGCGGUACGCCAGCAGACGCUCCGGUACGCGAUACUGGUGCUCAAGAAUGCCUUCCAAAGCUUUUGCUGGCAACAGGGCGGCGGCGCCGGUGAAAGUGGUGCCACCGGCAGUAGCGGCAAGACGGCGGCGGUCGGCAACAAAAGCACGCUGCUGGAAAAGUCUCCGCUGCUCACGCUGAUGUACAAGAACAAGCUGUCGUCCGAUUUUCUCACCAACCUAAUGGCCGAGAGCCGCGCCUCGCCGAACGAGGAAGACUUUACGGUGAUCUUCCGCGCCGUGCUGGACGAUCUGUACGUGGACAUGCAGAACGCGAUCUGCAACGAAAACAUCGUCUCGGAUCCGCUCAACCGGCUGAAGGAGCUGAUCGAGGCGCGCGUUGACAAUGCGCACCCGAUCUGUCAGUUGAUCGUGCGGCACGAAAUCUUUCUGCCGUCGUUUACGCCGGACAAAUAUUUGGCCCGCGAGAUCUCGAAGGUGUCCUUCCUGGCCCCGUUCCUGUCGCUGUCGGUGCUGCUGGACGAGAAUCCCAAGUUUGCGACGCAUCACUUUGCGGAGAACGUGUGCGAUCGUACGCUGGCCAGCUCGUUCCAUGCGAUCCUCAGUAGCACCCGGAAGGUGCUGCACUCGGUGUUCCUGGUGCUGCUCACUAACCAGGACAGCCGGGCCGAUAUAGUGAACUACAUCGCGGAGAUACUGAAAUCGAACGCCAAGCGCAUCCAGUACAAUGCGGACGAUCGGUUUCUGGCAAAGGACGGGUUCAUGCUGAACUUUAUGUCCGUGCUGCAGCUGCUCUCGGUCAAGAUCAAUUUGGGGCGCAUCGAACCGUUGUAUCCGCACCACCCGGACAGUUUGGUGGACGUGGAGGACGAAACAAAGCUCAAGUUCUCGUCUCAGGAAUAUUCCGACUGGCUCGAGAAGCUGCAGGCGGGCAAAAAGUGGGAACCGCUCAAGUUCGUUACGCACUGCUGGUUCCUGACGCUGCACGCGCACCACCUCGGCAUCAUCCCGGCGAUCCAGCGGUACAACAAGCUGCUGCGGGCCACGAAGGAACUGCAGCGGAUGGUGGACGAACUGAACGCGACGAUGGCGCAGUGGGAAAACACGCUGCUGGCGCGGCGCAACAAGCAGAUGCGCGAUCGGUGCAACAACCAGAUCAACAAGCUGUCGAAGGCGAAGCUCAGCUGCGACAUUGCCAUCAUCGACCCGAACGUGCUCGGUGCCUGCAUGCAGUUCUAUUCGUCCGUCUGCGAGUACAUGCUGUACCAGAUCGAGAACCGGCCGAUCGAGGGGCUGUUCGUGAACCGGCAGCACCCGUCGACGCUGGUGGCCAACGACAACUUUUCCGCCCUGCCCGAGUGGUACAUUGAGGACAUUGCCGACUUUAUCCUCUUCUGCAUGCAACACAGCAUAAGUGUGAUCGAUUAUGUGGACAACUCGAUCAUCACCUGGAUCCUGACGCUCGUGUGCGCACCGCAUCUGAUCAAGAACCCGUACAUCACUGCCAAACUGAUAGAGGUCCUGUUCGUGACGUCCCCCACGAUACAGACCACCUCGCAGCGGCUGUAUCUGCAGAUAAUCAACCACGAACUCGCUCAGACUGCGUUAGUAAGUGCACUUAUGAAGUUUUAUACCGACAUCGAAACGACGGGGCAGAGUACUGAAUUUUACGACAAGUUUACAAUAAGGUAUCAUAUAAGCCAUCUGUUCAAAGGGCUGUGGGACAGCGCCGUGCACCGGCAGGCGAUCGUGAAUGAGUCGAAAGGUGGCAAGCAGUUUGUGAAGUUUGUCAAUUUCUUCCUCAACGACACGACCUACCUGCUGGACGAGUGCUUGGAGUACCUCAAGCGCAUCCACGAGACGCAGGUGCUGACGCUGGACGAGGCAGCGUGGAGCGCCCUGACGCCGGAGGUGCAGCAGAACCGCCAGCGGCAGCUGGCCCAGGACGAGCGGCAGUGCCGGUCGUACCUGACGCUGGCGCGCGAAACGGUCGACAUGUUCCACUACAUGACGAAGGACAUCAAGGAACCGUUCCUGCGCCCGGAGCUGAUCGAUCGGCUCAGCUCGAUGCUGAACUACAAUCUGCACCAGCUGUGCGGCCCCAAGUGCAACGAUUUGCGCGUCCGGCACCCGCACAAGUACGGCUGGGAACCGCGGCGGCUACUCGGCCAGCUCGUGGACAUCUAUCUGCAUUUGGCGUGCGACGAGUUUGCGGCCGCACUGGCGGGUGACGAGCGUUCGUUCGAGAAGCACUUCUUCGAGGAUGCGGCCAAGCGCGUCGAACGGAUUGGCAUCCGGACGCGUGGUCAGGUGGACGAGUUUCGGAAGCUCAUCGAGAAGGCGUCCGAAAUCUACGUCCGGAAUCAGGAGAACGCGGACGAGUUUGCCGAAGCACCGGAUGACUUUAAGGACCCGCUGAUGGACACGCUCAUGACCGAUCCGGUCGUGCUGCCGUCCGGUACGGUGAUGGACCGGGCGAUCAUUACACGGCAUCUGCUCAACAGCAGCACCGACCCGUUCAAUCGGCAGCCCCUGACGGAAGAUAUGCUAAUACCCGCAACGGAACUGAAGGAGCGCAUCCAGCAGUGGAUCAAGGACUAUCGGGCGCAGAAAAAGUCUAGUUAAAUGCGCACUCCCGGAUCGAGCGGAUCGAGCGGAACUCUGUAUAUCAUCAAACCUUCUUGCGACGCACUUCCCGUUACAUUUAAUCUUUAUCUCUCUCUCUUUCUCUCUGUGACCACCCUCCCCGUGGAUAACUCUCUUGAUAGAAAUUGUUUGUGUGUGUUUAAAGUGUCCGUUCUAUGUGAAUGUGUGUGUGUGUGUUUAUACGGCGGAGAUCGUGAAGAGGAAUUUCGGGUUAUCACGUGCAAUCGUCGGUUGUCAACAGCAAUCUCUCUUUUAGUUUGCUCAAAAUUUGUAUCCACUCCCAAAAGGGGGGCCGUUCCGUUUAAAACGAGACACGGACCCCGCCGCAUGGAAGCGGCGAUACUGUCCCCACUGGCACGGAGCUUGCUCCGAGAUUAAGAGAUUUUUUGUCUAUCCAUCCACUCCACCACCACCACCCGAUACUUUAUCACGGCUCGGAUUUGGGUUGCAAAUAUACGAAAACUGUAAUACGGUGGCGCAUGGUAUCUGCAAAUAUAUAGUAGUAGGCAUAGGAAUAUUUAUAACACAACCAAAUAGAUGUAGAGCGUAACAACACAUAUGAACGGUUUUUAGAUUCUAUUGUCAUGCUAAACUGCGCUCUCCCUUCUUGCUGCUGCGAACCCGGAUUGUUCCAGGGGGGUCAGUGUAUGGGGUAUAUUACGGUGUUUCUUCAUUUUCUGCCGAAGUUUGGCUCCCUUUGGCAGCUCUUGCCAGCAACGGCGCGCGCAUCGUAGAAAAAAAAGGAACAGUUAUGUGACAAAUGAAAAAAGGGCUUUGAAUAAACACGAUAGGC